CUCCUUCAGCUGAUUGUCCUUCUCGAGCAUCAAUCCUACCUCAAGAAUAACAUGUCACACUAGACAAUACGGCACCUGAAUAUCUGAAUACCAUAUCCUGUUAGAUAAGAUAUACGUGACGUUGAUAGUGUACUUCAGAAGUUCCUAUUCAGACAUGCAGCCAUAUGUGGCGAUAGUGUUGGUUUUCGCCGGCUGCUGCAGUAACGUUGUUUUUCUAGAAUAUCUCGUAAGUUCUUUUCCUGGGAGUGGAAAUAUUAUCACAUUUUCACAGUUCCUGUUCAUAGCAUUAGAAGGUUUUAUAUUUACAUCAAAGUUUGGUACACAGAAAUCAGCUAUACCCCUUCAGCAAUACAUUUACAUGGUCUCUUUCUUCUUUGUGGUUCAAGUGUUAAACAACUAUGCCUUCACCUUCAAUAUCUCCAUGCCUCUUCAAAUGAUCUUCAGGGCCGGUUCUCUGAUGGCCUCACUAACUUUGGGAGUGAUACUUAAAGGAAAGCAGUACACCAGAGGAAAGUAUGUCUCUGUGGCACUCAUCACACUUGGUAUAAUCCAGUGUACAAUUGCUUCUUCUCAAGUAAAAGAAUCAGUGCCGUCCAAAGAUGGAGCAGAUUUGUUCAGCUUUACAGUAUGGAUAGCAGGAAUAUUCUUGCUGACUACGGCUCUUUUCUUGUCUGCUGCGAUGGGCCUAUUCCAGGAGACGAUUUACUCCAAGUACGGAAAACAUCCCAGAGAGGCACUUUUCUUUAACCAUGCUCUUCCCCUGCCAGGUUUCCUGUUAUUGAUGAAUGACAUCAAGGACCAUGCACUUCGCUUCACCCAGACAGAACCGCUGGAGCUCUUGUCUGGUAUAGCCGUACCUCGGAUGUGGUUUUUUCUGGUUGCUAAUGUUUUAACACAGUAUGUAUGUAUCCGGUCGGUGUUUGUCCUAACAACAGAGUGUAAAGCCCUGACUGUAACACUGGUCGUAACACUACGUAAGUUCGUCAGCCUCAUGUUCUCCAUCUGGUAUUUUGAGAAUGAGUUCACACCUACUCAUUGGCUCGGGUCUUUAUGUGUGUUCAUGGGAACACUGAUGUUCACAGAGAUCAUCCCACUACCGGCGGUCCUAGCAGGUCAACCCCUCUCCGAGAAAGACAAGAAGAAAUAACACUAAAUAAUAUUAGGAUUUUGUCUUUUUGUUUUGUCACUGAAUUACUCUAUACUGUUGGGAUUACAGGAUUAUAGCAUUUUCCAUGAUAGCACUUUAUGUAACUUUUGCCUGUAAUCUACUUGGCAUUCAUACUUCUUCUAAUGAAAGACAAUCGAAAUAAUAUCUUAAUACUUAUGUGUGAUUUAAGUUUUAUACCUUUAGUUGUUAAUGCUGUUUUAUCUUUGUUUUUUGUCUUGGCUAACACCUAGGCUAUUUGGGGUUUUUUUCGUCUCAGCUAACACCUGGGCUAUUUGUUGUUUUUCAUCUCGGCUAACACCUGGGCUAUUUGUAUACUGAUGUAAGCAGACCACACUUGCUGAAACUUGAUGCCAGUUCCAUUUGUUAUGAUUUAGUCUACCUCUGUUCAGUUUUAUGUAUACAGGCAAUAUGUUUUAUAUAUGAUGAGUUGACACCAAUAGAGAUACCUCAUUUCAAUGUGUUUUCAAUUCUUGUAACCAAUUACAUGUACAUUGUAGUAUUACAUAUAGCUUUAAUUGAUAAGAGGAAUGAAGCCUUUGAAUAAGACUACAUCUUCAAUACAAGUAAAAACCAUUUAAAUAGUGUGUAAUGAGGCUUUUCAUUGUGAACCUCAAAAAAUACAGUCCAGAAAAAAGUUGAAGAAAAUCAUUAGAAGUCCAAAUGGAAAUUAUGAUCUCAUUAUAAAAUUGUAGGUUUAGUCAUCACUGUGUCAUAGAAAAAAUCUUUCGAAGUUCAAAUGGAAAUGUCUACCUUAAUAUAAGAUUGUAUGGACCUUCAGGAAGACAGAAACAAAGUUUAAAGUUGAUGUGUAUUGUUUUUAAAAAAGAAUGGUUCAUGUUACUUCGAGUUAGAAUGGCUAAUGAAAAGACGUAAGUUGGUAUGCUUCUUUUCAAUCGUAAAUAUGUAUGUCUCUGUAGGUUCUGUAAUUGGGUUUGAUGGUUGUUGCAUGUGCCGAAUGUUCCAUUUACCAGUUAGCAUGUUGCUGUGUUAUCUGGGCUGUUUUAGAGUUAAAGUUGUAUAGUCAAUGUGUACCCUUGUCUCCAGUGAAACAAAGUGUGACGGCGGUUAUAUUGACAUUAUAAUAUGGGUUCCCUUAAGAUAAUGCCGCCAUGAUGUCAUGGAGUUAUGAUCAGCAUGUCCAGAUAUGACGUAAGAGCAUUUUGUCUAAGACAGAGUUAUAGUGAAAUGGAGGAGUGAUUUGUUGGUGAAAAGGUGUAUAAUGAAUACCUUCGUUGGUGUAUAAUGAAUACCUUCGUUGGUGUAUAAUGAAUACCUUUGUUGGUGUAUAAUGAAUACCUUCGUUGGUGUAUAAUGAAUACCUUCGUUGGUGUAUAAUGAAUACCUUCGUUGGUGUAUAAUGAAUACCUUCGUUGGUGUAUAAUGAAUACCUUCGUUGGUGUAUAAUGAAUACCUUCGUUGGUGUAUAAUGAAUACCUUCGUUGGUGUAUAAUGAAUACCUUCGUUGGUGUAUAAUGAAUACCUUCGUUGGUGUAUAAUGAAUACCUUCGUUGGUGUAUAAUGAAUACCUUCGUUGGUGUAUAAUGAAUACCUUCGUUGGUGUAUAAUGAAUACCUUUGUUGGUGUAUAAUGAAUACCUUUGUUGGUGUAU